CUGCUUCGUUUUUCUGACAGGAUGAGCGGCGGUUCCUAAAGGACUCGGUUCGGUACCGAAGCUGCUCUCAGCAGAGGAGAGCGCGAGCUGCGGCACGCGCACCGCCCAGACCCCCUCCCCCUCCCGCUGACAGAACACGCUCAGAGUUGUGAAUGAUGUCACUUCUCUUACCUGACACGCUCCUGAGGACCGAGCUGCUGUAGAAGCUCUCCAGUCGCUCCUCUCUCACAGGUGUGCUCCUCCUCCUCCUCCUCUCAGGGCCUCCAGCACCAUGAGCAGCUCUGAGGUCACCGGUUCCAUUCCCACUCGGUCGUCUUGCUCCGUGGACAGCGGUGGAUUCUUGAGUCCCGGUACUCACCGCGGCCUCCCCCCACCGAUGCGCCCCCCCCAGAUGGCACUGGGCCCUGGGCGCCUGCACUCCUGCAGCAGUCACCCGGGAGCUAGACGCCGAAAGAGGGAGAUGAUCCCCGCCGACAAGAAGGACGCCACCUACUGGGCGAAGCGGCACAAGAAUAACGAGGCGGCCAAACGGUCCCGCGAGAAAAGGAGGUUUCAGGACCUGCUGCUGGGGGGGCAGCUGCUGGCUCUGAGCGAGGAGAACGCGCAGCUGCGCAUGCAGCUGCUCAGCCUGCAGUACCGCAGCGGCUUGAGCGUGGACGGCAACGCCCCCGCGGCAGCUGCCCCUGGCUCUAACCCGCCGCCGCUUUUCCAGGGGGGGCUGUGGGGCUCUGCCGCUGUCAUGGAAACAGGAAUUCACUUUGAUGACACAAUCAGCUGUUUUACCCCAAACCGAAGAGUCGGCGUCUAUGACACUGUAUCGCAUCGCUACUGCAAGACACCGCAGGGCCCGGAGCCCCUCGCCAGGCUCCUCGCCAGGCCCUUCGCCGUCUCUGCGGGGGUCAACCUCUCGAUGGGUGCAGAGAUUGAUGCCCAGAAGAGGGUCUACCCCAGUGAAGAUGCCUCCAUCUCCACCAGCUUAUCCUCUCCCAAGAAAGCAGUGUCCCCCCUGGACACGCCCCCGCAUGACUCCACUCAGACUUACCUGUUCCCGCACCUGCCUCCCCCUGCAGCCUGUAACCUGUUGCCCUGGAGCUCCUCCUACCUGACCGCGCCAUCCUUCUACUCCCCCCUUCCCCUUCACAUGCAACAGAUGCGGCAGGUCGUGGGGGGGCGUUGUCAGGGGAGGCUGAGGUAUAGUUUCAGCUGUGCAUCUGGGCAACUGCACCUACAGGGGGACCAAAGCAGUUCUACUGAAGGCGGGGCCUCGGCCUGAAGCCGGGUCUUCAUCCGAAGGCGGGGUCUCGGUCUGAUGGUGGGGCCUCGGUCUGGAGGCGGGGCCUUGGUCUGAAGGCGGGGUCUCGGUCUGAUGGUGGGGCCUCGUUCUGAAGGCGGGGCCUUGGUCUAAAGGUGGGGCCUGGGUCUGAAGGCGGGGCCUUGUUCUGAAGGUGGGGCCUCGGUCUGAAGGUGGGUCUUCAGUCUGAAGGCAGAGCCUUGGUCUGAAGGUGGAGCCUCGGUCUGCAGGCGGUUCUUUGGUCUUAACGGGAGGUCUUCCGUCUCUAGGCGGGUCUUUGGUCUGAAGGCAGGGGCUCAGGUUGAAGGUAGGCCCUCGAUUUGAGGGUGGGGCAUCGGUUUGAAGGCCUUCAUAAGUUUAUUUCAAAGACUUUAUAGAUAUGAUUUCAAACCUCAAAUAUUCAAAGAAAAAUAUUUGUCAAAGAUCUGAAUCCUUCUGUAUCAGUUUGUAUCUUUUGUAUCUUUUUCCGAACUAAACUAUGUUCACUUUUCAUUUGAUUCAUUUUAGUUUGUCUGCUUUGCUGUUCGUAAUAAACUUCAGUCUCCA